AUGCGUAGCACCAUUGAGCUGGAAUGCGGUCGAGAAGGAGAGAAUAACCCCUUGCGACGCUGGAACGUCCACCGACUGUACCGUCAAUGGCGGAAUAGCCAGAUCAUGGACCACCACAUCGGCCUGGAACUUGAAAAACGCUACCAAGAAUAUUUACAACACGAGCAAACUUCCAAGACCCGCGGUAAAUCCAUCAUGGACAUCGUGAUCGCCGAAUACAUGAAGAACCGACCCGCAAGCCAAACCCAGAUCUCGACCCUAGACCCCGAAUUCAAAUCCUGGGCCAUCAUCCAAAUUCGCCUCUUCCUCUUCGUCGGACACGACUCAACCGCCGUAACUAUUAUCUACUGCCUCUACCUCCUCUCCAAAUACCCCGACACCCUCGGCAAGAUCCGCCAGGAACACGAACAAAUAUUCGGCCCCGAUACCACGACCGUCGCAACACAGAUCAGGGAACACCCCGAAAAGAUCAACCAAUUGUCCUACACCACCGCUGUCAUCAAGGAAGCACUCCGUCUCUUCCCCCCAGCAAACGGCAUCCGAUGGGGUCGUCCGGGCAUUUCUCUUACCGACACCCACAGCACCGAUGGACGGACCUUCCCUGUAGAUGACUGCGCCGUCUGGAUCGUGCAUACUGCUAUCCAACGGAACCCAGGGUACUGGCCCCAUGCGCACGAGUUUGUCCCCGAUCGCUGGCUUGUUGAGCCGGGGCAUGAGCUCUACCCCCCGACGGGCGGAUGGCGGCCCUUUGAGCGUGGUGCACGAGACUGUGUGGGGCAAAACAUGGCUAUGUUGGCUAUUAAGAUUACUCUGGCUAUGUUGGUGCGGGAGUUUGAUUUUGAUAGUCAGUAUGAGGAGUGGGAUCGUGAGAACCCGGCGGCUGGCGCAGUACGGACUAUGUUUGGAGAGAGGGCAUAUAUGGUUGCCAAGGGCGCGGCGCAUCCGGCUCAAGGAUAUCCGUGUAAGGUGAGAUUGGCUGUGUAA